CACAGCACCCAUCGUUUACCGCUGGUGCUACUACACGGACCACCCAAUUUUGUACAUGCUGGUGGUCAGGUCUGACGACAUAAAUAUGGAGGGCCGCCAGCAGCUUCUGCAAGUGCUGGACCGCCUGGAAGACGAGGCCGAGAGAGAGCAGGAGGCCUUGCGGCUACGGAUCGACGCGGAGCGAUCGGAGGUGAAGGCCACCAUGACCUUCAGCCGCGCCUCGGCAAUAAAGUCGGUCGAGCAGCAGAUGGAGCUCUCCAAGGCGCGCGAAGCCGAAGGGGCUUGGCUGCGGGCUCAGCAAGAAUCGGCAGCUUCCGCGGCCAAGGCGCCGAGCCCGUCCGGCCUGUCGCUAACGCUACCGGAGCCGGAGCCGACGAGGGCACACUUGGUGGUCGACGGUGGUCGUCUCCUCCGUGAGGAGAACAGGCGGCUUGCCCAAGAAAACGAACGGCUCGUCGAGGAGGCGUCUUUGCUCCGCUCAGAGGCCGAGGAGGCCAGGCGGCUGGCAGAAGAGCUGUCGGUGCUGCGCGCAAAGGAGGAGGAGGGAAGCACGGCUGCGGAAGCGUGCUCUCUGCGCGGAGACAUGUCGGUGGCGGGGGCAAGUGGUGGAAGUGAGUGUAAUAGUGGGCCACGCGUUGGUGCUGCCAGGGGAACUGUAGCCGGCGGCGUCCCGGCGAGCCCAGCCGAGGGGCAACGGCCGACCACGGAAGUCAGCGGGGUCAUGCUUCCGAGCGAGUUUCGGGAUUGGGGAUCGAACGGCGUUGUCGGUGCUGCUGCUGUUGGGGCGGUGCAAGAACGUCCUGCCUCCGCGAACUGUGGGCUGGCGGCGGCGAGUCCCGGGCGUCUGGGGUUGAUGUCAAUCGAACCAGGACCGUCGCCGGGAUGGCCGAGGCGGUCGAGCGCGACGGGCGGCAGCGCCCUCUCCGACAACAUCGUCAGCGUCAGCAACAGCAGCAGCAACAACAGCAGAGGAGAAAGGGACAGCCGAAGCGAGGGGAGCGAGAGGCAGUGGGAGGAGGAGGAGGAGGAUGACGAGGAGGAGAAAGAAAGUAGAAGGAAGGGCGGGCUCCAACGUGCGAUCGAAGAGGAGGCCGAGCGAGUGUAUCUGGAGCUUCGCGCGAACCCUCCGCCGGCGAUAAGGGCGCUGCUUGCGGCGAGGGGCGAGAUGGACAAGCUUGCGGCUGAGGCAAGGUCGACGCUGGAGGGCCUGAAGCCGCCGCCGCGGCCGCCGCAGGCGGAGCAGGUGAAACCCACCGUGCGUUUGCAUGAGACACAGCGGUCCAGGUCGGCUACACCGCCUCUCGUUGAUGCCGCCGUGAACGCCCGAUAGGUCGGCGGUGCUGCGGAGGGUUCUGUGCGGGAAGUGAUGGAGAGUAUUGUCAGAGUAAGGUUGCCGUUGGGUUCGACAAAAGGCGACCCUCCACUUCUUAUCCUAGGGUGAUGAUGCACCUAGCGGUAUUGUAUCGUGUGCCUUGUCGUGGAGGGGGGCGGGGUACCAACAUGACCUGUGGGUUGCGUUUCAAUUUGCUCUUGCCUGUCAGAGAGACAACUCUCGCGAUCUUCUAACCUUCGCGCCGUCGCUUUUGGGCACGAAGAGGUCUAGCAACGGUAGGUGGGUACUAGACUUUUUGUUGGGUGACUGACGUGUACACAGCAUUGUCGUCGUCGUCGUCGUCGUGAGGUUUGAUUUUAUUUAAUCCUUGUGGUCGAUAUUUCGUGCAGUAUGGGAGUGGGUUGACGCGUUGUAUGUAAAUGUGGAAUUAUUAUUAACCUUCCUUGUGUUUUCACUUUUUCUUUUUCUUUUUCUUCGUCAAUAUUGUAGCUUUAUUUAAAUUGUCCCCGGGGCUACUCCUUAGAGUGGUAGCCCAGGUCUGUGUGUGUCUGUUAGUUUCGGGGCCGGUGCCCGUCGUCAUGUUCAUGCAUUCAAGCACAUGUCCCGAGUCAUUGAUCUCCUUUUACUCCUAGGAAGAAGCGUUUUUAGUUCGCCACGUGGAUAUAGUGCCUCGCGGGCUAUAGGCUUCUCCUCACGUGAACCUGUAUCACAUCUUUUUAUUGCUGUUGUGCUGCUUGCGAUAGAGUCUAGACGCGUCCCGCCUUCAGCAUUGCGGGUUGUCGAGCAGACACAAGGGGUUCUCAUUGAUGAGAACGUAACUGUAGCACGCGCGCACGUGGACCACCUGCCGUUGCCUAGCUUCGUGCGUGUGCCGAUGUAGUUUUACGGCUGCCGUGUGGUGCAC